AUGAUUUGUGGAUUAACUAGUUGUGCUUGUUGCUGCUUUAAUGCACUCUUGGGGUGUGCAGGAAAUGUUAAAAAGACAAUGUCUAAUGCUCGUUACUAUUCCGUGUUUCUAAUCUGGAUGUUGUUUUGUAUUAUAAUUCAGUUCCUCCCUAACAACGAUAUUGUGAACAACAAUCUUGACAAAGUGUUUGGAAGACAUGGAAUUGAGAUCGUAUAUCGUGCUAGCUGUGCUAUUUUCUGCUCCUUCCUGCUUUUGUUCUUAUCAACUUUGGCAUGGCCAGCGACGCAUCAUAUGUUCUUGGGAAUCUUCCUGCUCAUUCUGAUUUUCUUCACCUGGCUUUUUAUUUGGGGAGUUGAUUCCUCCAGCUGGAUCGGUUUCUACCGUGGCUGUGCCCGCGUUGGAUCUGUCUUCUACCUGAUUCUCCAACUGAUGGCCUUCGUCGAUUUGUCCUUCACCGUCCACGAUUUGUUGAUCGUCAAGAUGGAUGAGACAAAUAAGCGAUACAACUACACAGACAAGACCUGCUGCUGCGCCAACCAGUGGAAGUCGAUGUACAUUACCCUCGGUGUUUUCUUCACUCUCGGCUCCAUCGCUUGCUGCAUCGUCUUCUACGGCCUGUUCCACAAGCAAGGCGUCUGCUUGGGCAACAUCGUAAUGAUCACGCUCACUCUGCUAAUGGGCAUCACCUGCCUCUGCCUCUGUCUCACCGAGAAAUUCAACCGCGGCCUGCUUCCGCCCGCCACGUUCUUCCUCGUGACCGUGUUUUAUCUUGUGAGCGCGCUGCUGGCUUCGCCGAACGCGAACUGCAACCCGUAUCUCUCGUCGAGUAACUACUGGCUGACGGCGAUCAACGUGGUGCUGAACGUGAUCUCGGGGUUCUGGAUGGCGUAUCGCAUCAAGAGCGAGAACGCGGAGAAGGAGGACGAGGAGGCCGAGCAAAAGCCGGACGCGGAGAAGGGACCCAAGCUGGAGAUCCCUGCGGAGGACAGCAGGCAGUGGUGUCUGUUUAAUUUGUGCAUGGUGCUGAAUUCGCUGUAUCUGGCGAUGAUGGCGUCGGCGUGGUAUUCGGGGGAUUUCACGAUGCGGCCGACGCUGGUGUCGCAGUUCGCGUCGAAUUCGACGCUGUGGAUUUAUUUUUUGAGUAUCGUGGUGGGAUUUGUGCUGUUCAUGUACAUCCUGUUCGCUCCUUUUAUCAAUCCGAACCGAAGAUAUUAAGAAUUGUGUUAUGAUU